AUGCAAAUCCCGUUUCACACAUAUCCGCGCCUUCAUAUCCUGCAUGGCACACACAGAGAAAGCUCAUCUUCUUCCAUCAAUUCUCUCUUUAUAUCUUGUAUCUAGAGAUUUCUGAAACCCUGCUUCUAUCCACCUCUUUUCUUUUCGCGCUUCUACUAGACUUAUGUAAAUGGACUGGGUUUGUAGAAAUAUCGCUUGGAGAUCCCAAUUCUGCCUCGCAAAUGUCGGUGUUGGAGAUGGAAUCGAUUGAAGACUAUCGCAUUCUUAUUACAAUUUUGAAUCAGCCACACAGCAAAGAGAUGCCAGGCGUCCAGUAUGAUAAUGAUUCUAUUGUACCACCCGCAACUAGAUUGGAGAGGCUUUUGAGAUCAAGGGAGUUAAGAAAAUAUGGCAGGUCUCAUCAUUCAAAUGAAGGUGGAGUAAGAGAUUGUUGUGGUGUACAUGAUGGUGAUGAGAAAAGAUCAAUAGAGGAUAGUUUUCUUGAAGGAAUUUCUGAAGCGACUAAAUUACCUUGUGAUGGAUAUGAAAGGAUAGAUGCGCACGCGAAGAAACAACGAUUAUUGGUGGUGGCAAAUCGCUUACCGGUAGCCGCUACAAGAAAGGGAGAGGACUCAUGGGCUCUUGAAGUCAAUGUAGGAGGACUAGUCAGUGCACUCUUAGGUGUUGCUGAGUUUGAAGCAAGAUGGAUUGGGUGGGCUGGUGUGAAUGUACCUGAUGAAAUUGGACAGAGAUCACUUUCCAAAGAAUUAGCUAAAAUGAGAUGUAUCCCUGUUUUCCUGGAUGAGGACACUGUCAAUCAGUAUUAUAAUGGUUAUUGUAACAACAUAUUAUGGCCUCUUUUCCAUUAUCUUGGACUUCCUCAUGAGGACCGCCUAGCGACCACCCGAAGCUUCCAGUCUCAGUUUGCUGCAUAUACGAAGGCUAACCAGAUGUUUGCUGAUGUUGUAAAUGAGCAUUAUAAGGAGGGAGAUAUUGUGUGGUGCCAUGACUACCACUUAAUGUUUCUUCCCAAAUGUUUGAAAGAGCAUAACAUAGACAUGAAGGUUGGUUGGUUUCUUCACACGCCAUUCUCUUCCUCUGAAAUUUACAGGACGCUGCCUUCUAGAUCAGAGCUUCUGAGAGCUGUUCUUUUUGCUGAUUUGGUUGGCUUUCACACUUACGAUUAUGCAAGACAUUUCGUCAGUGCUUGCACUCGCAUUCUUGGACUGGAAGGAACACCUGAAGGGGUUGAGGAUCAAGGAAAGCUUACUCGUGUGGCUGCGUUUCCUAUUGGAAUAGAUGCCAGUCGUUUCAUUCGUGCACUUGAGCUUGCUCCAGUGCAGUAUCACAUGAAGGAGUUGCUAGAAAGAUUUGCUGGACAGAAGGUUAUGUUAGGGGUAGAUCGUCUUGAUAUGAUUAAGGGUAUUCCUGAAAAAGUCUUAGCUUUUGAAAAGUUUCUCGAAGAGAAUCCAGACUGGCGGGAUAAGGUAGUUCUGCUGCAAGUUGCAGUGCCAACAAGGACUGAUGUUCCCGAGUAUCAAAAACUGACAUGUCAGGUUCAUGAAAUUGUUGGACGCAUUAAUGGAAGAUUUGGAAAACUUACAAAUGUUCCAAUUCACCAUUUGGACUACACUCUGGACUUUCACUCGCUGUGUGCCCUGUAUGCAGUAAGUGAUGUGGCAUUGGUAACAUCUUUGAGAGAUGGGAUGAAUCUUGUAAGUUAUGAGUUUGUGGCCUGCCAAUCCUCAAAGAAAGGGGUUCUCAUUCUAAGUGAGUUUGCAGGUGCAGCACAGUCACUUGGUGCUGGGGCAAUUCUGGUUAAUCCAUGGAACAUUACAGAAGUUGCUGCUUCCAUUGCUUAUGCUCUAACAAUGCCUGCCCAUGAACGAGAAAAACGUCAUCACCUUAAUUUUAUGCACGUCACAACUCAUACAUCCCAAGAGUGGGCUGCAACUUUUGUUAGUGAACUGGACGAUACCAUUGUUGAAGCUAAGCUGAGGACCAGCCAAAUUCCUCCUGUGCUUCCUACAAAUGCUGCUAUAGAACGUUAUGUGCAGGCAAAUAAGCGACUGAUAAUACUGGGAUUCAAUGCAGCUUUAACUGAACCACUGGAUGCUCAAGGAAGGAGAACUGAUCAGUUAAAAGAUAUGGAGCCCAAGUUGCAUCCAGAUGUGAAGGAACCAUUAAAAAGGUUAUGUGAUGAUCCAAACACCACGGUUGUUGUGCUUAGUGGAAGUGACAGAAACGUUCUUGAUGAGAACUUUGGUGAGUAUAAUAUGUGGCUGGCAGCAGAACAUGGGAUGUUUUUGCGUCAAACUAAGAGUAUCUGGAUGACAACAAUGCCAGAGAAUUUUCACAUGGAUUGGGUUGACAGUGUGAAGCAUGUAUUUGAGUAUUUCACUGAGAGGACGCCUCGCUCCCAUUUUGAGAUUCGUGAGACAUCACUUGUGUGGAACUAUAAAUAUGCUGAUGUUGAGUUUGGAAGGCUUCAAGCAAAAGACUUGUUGCAGCAUCUGUGUACUGGCCCGAUCUCAAAGGCUUCAGUAGAUGUUAUUCAAGGUAGCCGAUCUGUUGAGGUCCGCGCAACCGGGGUUUCCAAGGGUGCUGCAAUUGAUCGUAUUUUGGGUGAAAUAGUGCAUAGCAGCAAUGCCAAAACGCCCAUUGAUUAUGUUUUAUGUAUUGGACACUUUCUUCCAAAGGAUGAGGACAUCUAUACAUUUUUUGAGCCGGAUCUUCCAGUCGGACCAUCAGCAAGGGCCAAAGCACCAAACCAUAUGAACAAAAUCAUGUCAAAAAAUUCUUCAGGUAAAGUUGGGGUUACUAAGGACUCAACAUUGAAUAGAACUCAGGAGAACAUUGAUGGAAAUGGAAAUUGGUGGUCUAUGAUGCGCGAGAAAAUGAUGGUGAACGAAGGGUCAUCGGUUCUUGAUCUGAAGGGUGAAAAUUACUUCUCUUGUGCAGUAGGACGGAAGCGCUCUAGUGCCAGAUAUCUUCUAGGCUCCUCUGCUGAUGUUAUUUCUUUACUAAAGGACCUUUCAGAUUGCUCGUCUUUACUGGCAUUGACCUAACACCAUCAUAGUGGGAAGCUCUAUAAUAUAAUAUGUACUAUAACUAUAAUUUGGAAGCAGCAUUGAUAUGCCCUGCCUGUACCACAGAAUUAGAUAGAGGCAAGUUCAUGCGCUCAGGGGUCAAUGGCGAGUAGAAGUUAAUGAAACAGGGACGGUAAUGCUCUACUUAUCUGCUAUAUGGUUCAGAGAAGGAAAUUAUUGGGCUUGGCUGUUGAGCUUGUGUACCAUCACCACUUGUACAUUAUUGUUAAAAAUGGACAAACUCAGUCCGCAGGCCUGUUUACUUUUACAAACAAUAUGCAAAAACAUUCGCAGAGGGCAGUCUAGUCAUUUUCCUAAGUUUUACUUGAAUGAUUUGCUAAAUGGCUGUUUUUUUUUAGUAGGCG